CAAGUGUAGACACCCGUAAAUUUGUUUAUUACCAAAAAGUCCUAUCCUCGACAUGACCGAGUAAAAUUAAAAAAAGACGGACGAGUUAGUGAACAAAAUUCUUUCUUUUUUUAUUAUUUUCCCUGGUUUUCGGAAGCAAAUAAUAAUCCAGACGUUCUUCAUUUUUUCAUAGUGUACUCAUUAUCUUACAAUUGUUUACAACAUACUUCAAAAUAAGAUUUCUUGUCCGUUACACCUUUGAAAAUUUUGUCGAGCAAAGUUUUUUAUGUAAGAACCACUGGCCGUGUAUAGAUAUAUAACACCCUUGACAGCUGGAAUUCAAGGAGGUUGACAACAAAAGCAACUACGAGGUGCAAUCACGCAAACGCAAGAUCUAUUCUAUCAUUUCUGUCUUGAGGUCUAGGUUGUUGUUUCUUGACAGUUGCUACAACGGGGGCCGAACAAUCAGCCAUGUCUCUCCCUCAGAUGGAGAAAAAUCUUUUCAACCUUAAAUUUGCUGUGAAAGAGUUGGAGAGAAAUUCCAAAAAAUGCGAGAAAGAGGAGAAACUGGAGAAAGCCAAAGUAAAAAAGGCUAUUCAGAAGGGAAACAUGGAAGGCGCGAAAAUUCAUGCAGAAAAUGCCAUCAGGCAAAAAAAUCAGGCUCUGAAUUACUUGCGAAUGAGUGCACGAGUCGAUGCUGUGGCCAGCAGAGUACAGACUGCUCUUACAACCAGGAAAGUUACACAGUCGAUGGCUGGUGUCGUAAAAGCUAUGGAUGCAGCCAUGAAGUCCAUGAACUUGGAAAAAAUUUCAGGUCUCAUGGACAAGUUUGAAAGUCAAUUUGAAGAUUUGGAUGUACAAAGUUCAUACAUGGAAAAUGCAAUGUCUCAGACUACAACGACAAACGUUCCUCAGAACGAGGUUGAUAAUCUAAUGCAACAAAUAGCUGAUGAGGCUGGCUUGGAGUUGAACAUGGAACUUCCAUCCGGACAAGUUGGUACCAUAGGUACUUCAACGGUUGUGAGUCAGGAACAAGACGAAUUAACGCAAAGAUUGGCCAGACUCAGAGAAUAAUUCCAAAGCUUGUAAUUUGUUGCUAUUAAAUGUAAUAUAAUUUUAUGUAUAUUUUUAAUAAUUAAAUCUUACCACGAAUAAAUGCACUGCAUAUGUUAUAAUAUAUUAUAAGCAUCAGCAAAAUUAAACCAAGCUAUUUGUAAUAAAAAAUUUUAUGUCAAUUUUAUAAACUGUUAUAUUGUCAUAAUAAGGCUUGCACCACAAAAACAUUUAUGGUUUUGUAAUAAAGAAUUAUUGGU